CUGUUUGCGCAUGCGUCAAUGAGCAAAGCACCGGGUACACAAUGGAGUUGGAUGUGGAGAAACCAUGUCGCCUUUAAAACGACAGUUAGCUUAUUAUGAAACAGCCCCGGAGCAGAAACGGUGGUGAGGCCGUCCGUCGACGAAUCGACCCGAAGGAGCGCUGCUGAUAGACGGCGGAGGUCCGCCGCGGAGCCCCGUUUGUAGCUUGGGUCUGCGGGUUCAUGUCCUGUUGUGUCCCGCAGAACCGUGAGGUGACCGUCCGUCCGCGGCUCUGAAGAAACUUCCAGAAAAAAAUGUCUGAGGUCGGCAGAACAAAGAGGAAGGAGAAGUGUGAGAACUGCACCAAACAGUGCAACAAGAAGCAGACGGAGGAUGGAGUCGGUCCAGAUCCAGAGCAAGAGGAAGUCAAUGAGCAGCAGAGUGAGGCGCCGGCGCCGCUGCUGCUGAGCGCCUGUCUGUCCUGCGAGGGCUGCGUGUCGGAGCAGGAGAGCCUGAAGAUUUCCCAGCAGAGCCUGGAGGAGGUGGAGCAGGUUCUGGCGCUCAAUAAGAGGUGCGACGCGUCCAAACACCGGGUUCUGGUGGCGUCCGUCUGUCCGCAGUCUCUGCCGUUCUUUGCGGUGAAGUUCGGCGUGGACGUCCCGGAAGCGGGUCAGAAGCUCUGCGGUUUCCUGAAGAGCAUCGGCGUGCAGUUCGUGUUCGACACCACGCUGGCGGCGGGUUUCAGCAUCUUGGAGACCCAGAAGGAGUUCAUCCAGAGGUACCGGAGGAGGCACCACGACCCCCACGCCCUGCCGCUGUUCACCUCCUCCUGUCCAGGAUGGAUCCGGUACGCUGAGCGGGUCCUGGGGAGUCUGGUCACGCCGCACAUCUGCACCGCCAGGUCCCCCCAGCAGAUCAUGGGCUGUCUGGUCAAAGACUUCUUCUGUCAGCAGCAGAAGCUGAGCCCGGAGAAGGUCUUCCACGUGGUGCUGGCGCCCUGCUUCGAUAAGAAGCUGGAAGCCGUCAGAGAGGAGUUCUACAGCAGCCUGAUGGAAACCCGAGACGUGGACUGUGUGCUGACCUCAAAGGAGAUUUACCGCCUGAUGGAGCAGAGGAAAGUGUCGGUGGAGGAGCUGGACUCGGUUCCACUGGACCAAGUGCUGGGGGAGGCGGCAGACGCCGCUCUGACCAGACACGACGGCCGAGGCUCCGAAGGCUUCCUGGAGCACGUGUUCAAACACGCCGCCAAGGAGCUGUUCGGGCUGGACGUCCAGGAGGUCACGUACAAGACCCUCAGGAACCGCGACUUCCAGGAAGUGACUCUGGAGCGUGACGGCGAGACGCUGCUGCAGUUUGCCGCUGUCUACGGCUUCAGGAACAUCCAGACUCUGGUCCACCGCAUGAGGAAAGGACGCGUGCCGUACCAGCUGGUGGAGGUGCUGUCCUGCCCCGGAGGGUGCCUGAGCGGCCGCGGUCAGAGCGAGGAGGCGGGGCGCGUGGACAGAGCUCUGGUCCAGCAGAUGGAGGAGGUCUACAGCAGCCUGCCGGUCCGACUGCCGGAGCUGAACCCCGCCCUGAAGGUCCUCUACCAGGACUGGCUGCAGGGCCAGGACUCUCUGCAGACCAGCAAGCUGCUGCACACAGAGUACAGGAGUCAGACCCACACACAGCCCCCACACAUGCAGUGGUGACCCGCAGGGGGCGCUGUCCCCUCAUGAUUAUGGACCAGAAGAAUCUCUCUGAGAACUGUCAUCCAUUUGACCACAAGGGGGCGCUCAUGCGCUUCAAUGAACUGGACUCAAUGUUUUAACAAUGUUUGAUCCUGUUAAAAAAAUGCAGACGAUGGAAAUACCAAACCUCAUAAAUUCUCACUUUAGUUUUAAAGCCACGCCCACUUCUGACCAUGAGCCGUCCCGCCUGAACUAUGCAACAGCGUCUGUUUUUGGUUUCUUCUGUUGGCCCUCAGUUCCACAAACGGGUUUUUUAUUAAGUUAUAUGAUUUGAAGGAACCAUGGCCUCAGAAGUGAAGCAGUAAAACGUUGAGACAGACAAACGCAGUCGAGUCUUUGAUGUUGACCUGAAGUCAGGAAAGGUAAGUUUCUUUCAAGGAGUCUUGUGUCAGGAAUCCUUAAAGUCAGCCGUUCCCUCACUUCCCAAACAUGAGGGACGUCCAUCUCAUCAAAUCAUUUCUGUCCCAUUCGGUUCCUGAUCGUCAGGAGUUCCCUUCUGGUUCUUCUCUGACGUUCUCCUUCCUGCUCCGUGCAGCAGUCGCCUUUUUUUCCUCUGGUUUUCCGCCCGGACGCCUUCCUGCUUGAUGACCGUUUAACCGAACCUUCUAUGGUCGCUGCGGUCUGACGUUACAUCAGGUGAUGAUGGAGGUGAUUAGAUGAUGACAGUGAAAUGAAAAAACGCUCGUGUUUGGUACCAGGACACAAAGUAUUUUUUAUACCACAAAUGUAACUAGUAAAUACACCCUCAUCCCGCCACAAGAUCAGAACAAGUGAGGAGGGGAAGUCCACCUGACCCGACAGGUGUGACACCUGUGACAGGAACCCACGCUAAAAAAUGCAAACCAGGGGGUUUUACGCUUCUAGCAAGUCGCCACGACCUUAUCAAAGGAGGAGGAGCUUGCAAAGCAGCUGGAUUGGAUCAAGAACUUCCUGGAGAUGUAAACUGUUUUACAUCUAGUGGCCAGUAGAGGGCAGUGAUGCUGCAUUCAUGAUUUCAGAUGUUAGUAGAAAAGAGUAAAAGGAUCAAACAGUUGGACAAAAAUGGUCCAAAUUUCUGAUAAAACCUUAUAAUCUGACAGAUUUACGGUUUAUUAAUGUUUUUUUAUUGAUGGGGGGGGGGGGCUUGCAGGAUCUCUGCAGCCCGUUGAUGCAGUCGUCCACUUUGAUCCUUUUUUCCUCCACCAAAGGAGAUUUCCUCCUAGUUUUCCGUCUGAAGAAGCCCAGUUUCAGCAAAUUCUUUUCAAUGUUCUUAUGCUAAUAAAAAUAUAAUCUUGAGUUGGCCAAAA